UUCAAACGUGCGACAUGUCGAACACGGAGCGACGCGGCCUGCAAAGAGUACGAAAUCUGCUAUCAUGUCGCCAAGUCUUGAAUCUGCUGACAAUGCUCGGCUUUAUGCUGAACUAUGCCCUGCGAGUGAACCUCACGAUUGCCAUUGUGGACAUGGUUAUGCCAAAUAUCACAGCAAAUAUGGCGAUGGGGAAUGAGAGUCUGGCGGGGAAUGUUACCACCUCGAGCCUGGCGCCCAGCGGCGGCAUCCUGACCAACGGCACCGACGGCGUCGAUGUCUACGAGGAGCGCUUCCCCUGGGACACAUACCAGACGAACUUUGUGCUCGGCUGUUUCUUCUGGGGCUAUGUGCUCACCGAGCUGCCCGGCGGUCGGCUCGCCGAACUGAUUGGCGGUCGUCGCGUCUUCGGACAUUCCAUGCUCUGGGCCAGUCUCUUGACCCUGGUCACGCCCCUCGCCGCCCACAUGAGCUACGUCAUGCUGAUCGUCGUUCGUGUGGCGCUCGGCUUCAUGCUGGGCGCCUCCUGGCCGGCCAUACAUCCCGUUGCCGCUGUCUGGAUACCGCCGAUGGAUCGCUCCAAGUUCAUGUCCAACAUGAUGGCCUCUUCGCUGGGCGCUGCCAUUACAAUGCCCGUUUGCGGCUACCUGAUCUCGGUCUGCGGCUGGGCUAGUGUCUUCUAUCUGACGGGCGCCAUUGGGCUGCUCUGGUCGCUGUGCUGGUUCACGUUUGUCUACGAGACGCCCGCGACGCAUCCGCGCAUCUCGGCGGAGGAACGACGCGAAAUCGAGGAGGCAAUCGGCACGUCCACCUCGAAGAAGCGACCCAGCUAUGUGCCCUGGGGCCAGUUGCUCUGCUCGCCGGCCGUUUGGGCUAUAAUCAUAACGCAUGGACUCUCCGUGUUUGGCUUCUUCACGGUCAUCAAUCAGCUGCCCACAUUCAUGUCCAAGAUUCUGCACUUUGACAUCAAGAAGAACGGUUUGUUCUCGUCUCUGCCCUAUCUGGGCAAAUAUGUGAUGGCCGUGGCCUCCUCCUAUCUGGCGGAUCAUCUGCGCCAGAAGGGCACAUUGAGCACCACAGCAACACGCAAGCUCUUCACCACUUUCGCACUCGUAACGCCCGGCCUGCUGAUGGUGGCUCAGGUGUUCCUCGGCAUGGAUGCCACCUGGUCGGUGGCGAUCUUUACGCUGGCCCUGUUCGCCCAUGGCGCCGUCACCGCCGGCUACCUGGGCAAUGGCCUGGACAUAGCGCCCAAUUUCAGUGGCACCAUCUUCGGCAUGGCCAACUCGUUGUCCUCCUUUGGCGGCUUUCUGUCCACGUGGAUGGUCGGCGCGCUGACCUUCAAGAAUCCCUCCUUCCAUCAAUGGCAAAUUGUUUUCUGGAUUUUGGCGGGCACCUACAUCUCGGCCGCCGUCGUCUUUGUUAUCCUCGGCACCGGCGAGCUACAAUCCUGGAACAAUCCGCCGGAGCGCAAGAAACACGGCGACGUCGCCCAGGAGGAGGGCAUGCCCCUCAAGAACGAGAAGUAAUCAAAUCCAAAAUUGAUAACCAUUUGUCAAAAACUGAAAAGAAAAAACCCCACCACAACCGCACAAGUUAUGGUAGUUUCUACUGCACAAUUGAGAUUCUCUCUCUUAAAAUUAAAAAACAUAUUUUUUAACUCGAAAAUUGUCUGCAAACAGAAAAGAAAAAAAAAACAAACAAGACAUUAGUUUUUAGCAAAAAGCUGUAAAGUUUCUAUACAUAUAUGCACAAAAAAAGAAAAGAAAAAAACUAACAAAAAAAAAAAAGAAAAUGACCAUGUAGCCAGAAUAAGUAAUAUUUACUUUCAACUUAGCUUAAAUGCAUUAAAUUGUAGGCGUGGCAGAUUAGCAAUUUAUUUUUGCUAUUAGGCUGCAAAUUAUUUGACAAAUUUAAAUCCUUAAAUUUAUGUACAUAGUUUAAUUGAUUGUCUGUAUAUGUCCACGUAGUGCACAGAGAUUAAUGCCGUUGUAUUUUCCAGCAAAUUGUACAAAAGAAAAAUUGUAGAGAAAAUUCCCUGAUUUCUGUGCGCGAAAUGUUCUGUUUAAUUAGUUAAGUAGACUCUUGCAUACCUAUUACUCGUAUUAGCUAAUUAUAUAAAUGCAUAGCUUAGUUAAGUCGAAUAAUUCAUGUAUAAUUUUAUUAUUUAUGCAAUUUAUUUAUAGAUACUUUUCUAAAUUCAUAAUAAAGAUUAUCACAGACACGAAAA